AUGGCUCGAAAGUCGCCGUUCGACCUGUCGAAAUGCGCACGGCCGAACAUUCUCAAGUUGCAGCCAUAUCGGUGCGCGAGAGAUGACUACAAAGACGAUGGGACGAACGUGCUGCUGGACGCCAACGAGAAUGCGUACGGCCCCGGGCUGGCGCUGAACGAGCGCGGCAAACUGGAGGAGUCGUCGCAGCCGGAGGUUGACUUUUUGGGGCUGAACCGAUAUCCUGAUCCGCAUCAGAUCGAACUCAAGGAAUUACUAUGUCGGCUCCGGAACACGCGCGUCCACACACAGAAGGAAUUGAGGCCGGAAAACGUCUUCGUCGGCGUCGGGUCAGACGAGGCGAUCGAUGCGCUUCUGCGAUGCUUCUGCGCCCCCGGACGGGAUAAGAUCCUGACGUGUCCGCCCACGUACGGUAUGUACGGCGUCAGCGCCGAUGUCAACGACGUCGAGAUCGUCAAGGUGCCGCUCGACGUGGAGAAUGGGUUCCAGCUGCAGCCGGACAAGAUCAACGAGGCUCUUGCCGCGGACGAGCGGAUCAAGCUCGUCUACAUCUGCUCGCCAGGGAACCCGACGGCGAACCUCAUCCGGAAGGACGACAUCCAGAAGGUGCUGGAACACCCGACGUGGAACGGCGUCGUCGUGGUCGACGAAGCCUACAUUGACUUUGCGCCGGAGGGAUCUAGUCUGGCGGAGUGGGUGACGGAGUGGCCGAACCUGGUCGUGAUGCAGACGCUGAGCAAGGCAUUCGGUCUGGCCGGCAUCCGACUGGGAGCUGCUUUCUCGAGUCCUGAGAUCGCCAGUCUCCUGAACAACAUGAAAGCGCCGUACAACAUCUCCAGCCCGACGAGCGCGCUUGCCAAGGCGGCGCUCUCGCCGAAGAACCUGGCCGUCAUGCGCCAGAAGCGAGACAAGAUCAUUGCCCAGCGCGAGCGAAUGCUGAGAGAGCUGCCGAACAUCCCCGGCGUAGGCCGGUUCCUGGGCGGGCAGGAUGCGAACUUCCUCCUCGUCGAGAUCCUGGACAAGCCGGCGAGCGAGGGCGGGAAACCGAGCAACGUCACCGCGCUGGCGACGUACGAGGCCCUGGCCGAGAAGAAGGGUGUCGUGGUCCGAUUCCGGGGGAAGGAAUACGGCUGCGAGGGCUGUCUGCGGGUGACGGUCGGCACAGAGGACGAGGUUACCAAGUUCCUGGAGGAGCUGCGCGUGGUGCUGCAGAGUCUGCACGCGGGCAUCAAGAUCGAGUCGUCGAAGGUGGAGGACAAAAAGGAGAAGGAGGCCAGUGCGGUUGUUGCAUGA